UAUACACCGUGGAUCGGGAUUUCGGUUAAGUGGAAGAGGUCCGCGUUGCGUCGGACGAGACUGUUCCGUGUGCUUUUUCCCAAUUUUUUUUUUUUUUUUUUUUCUCUCUCUCUCUCUCUCUCAGAUAGGCACAACAUUUGCUGGAGCUCUGGAUCGCCAGGAGAUCGAUGAAAAAGGGUCACUGGCCGAGGAGUAUACUACCGUAUUUUUACAAUCAUUUGUGUGAAAAUUUGUUAUUCCACCUCGUGAUUUCAAAUAAUUGACAUUUCCGAAGAAAAAAAAGGCAACUGGGUCGUCUUAUCGCGAAGGAUCUGCCCACUCGUGGAGAGAAGGGUUUUGCAAACGUCGGCAGUUACCGCGAAAUCGCGCCCCUAGGCUACAUUGAACGUAGUUACGUGGAUAGCUGACAAAGACAAACGCUGAUCUUCGUCGGCCCGGGGUAUGUAUAAAAACUCAGGGCGGUAAUUGAGACGCGGAACGAGCCAGCGAUCCUCCCGGGAGACUAUUAAAUUCACCGUCGCAUAACCGUAUCGACGGAAAAGUCAAAUCGACUCCUCGGCUAAUCUCCCCAGAGUUGAUAACUCCCCGCGUGCACGCAGGGGGAUGAAAAUAGGGUGGGGGGGUGGCCCGAUCUUACCGGCUAAUAGAAAAUCAUUUCACGCUCACAUGAAGCUCGCUUCUCUCACUGCCAUGCCUGCGUGCGUAAGGGUUUUAGUCGUAACGAGCCCGCCAAUGAUCCACGCGUGGAGAGAGGAGGAGUCGUCGUGCGUGACAAUGACCGGCGUGAGGAGGAAAAGCUCCUCGUCUUAGUGCACACCUACUGUCGCUGUCCCUCGAGUUGUGAUGACUACUGAGAUAAUAAGUGCUGGUGCUUUCGGUUGUGGUAACAGUGCUCGAAGACUACGCCGUGCCGGUCCCAGGAUGACGGUGGUGCUGGUGAUGCUGUUGACGGGCGCGCUCGUCCAACUGGCCGACUCAGAGGUCGUGGCCGGUACGCGGAAGGCCCAGAGUGCCGUGCCAGCAGUGGAGGUGGCCUCGGUCGCGGGCAGGGAGGCCCACCUCGCGUGCGACAUAACACCGCAGACGCGGAGCGAGGAGGCUUACAUGGUGUUCUGGUACAAGUCGGACCACGAGGGCUCGCCGAUCUACAGCGUGGACGGGCGCAAGGGUGCGCUGAUCGAGGGCAGGCAGUGGUCGAACCCGAGCGUGUUGGGCGAGAGGGCGCGCGUCCGCAUGACACCCCAGAGGGCAGAGCUGCAGAUCAGGGAGCUCAGGACGGAGGACGCUGGGUUGUACAGGUGCAGGAUCGACUUUCGCAACAAUCCCACCAAAGCUCAGAGGUUCAAUCUCACGGUCAUUGUUCCACCGCAGUCGCCGAUAAUCUACACGGGAGAGCACGUGCUGGCAAAAAACCUGCAAGCCUUCAACGAGGGCAGCGAGCUCGUGCUGUUCUGCGAGGUGUCGGGGGGCUGGCCACCACCGCGGCUCACCUGGCACUGGCAGGACCGACUCGUCGACGAGAGCUACACCCGCGAGUACGACGUGACGGUCAAUCCGUUGAACUUUGGCCGCGUCGCGCGCAACCUCCUCGGCGCCAAGUUCGUCUGCCAGGCCAGCAACACGGACCUGGUAGCCCCGACAAUUGCCGAGAUCAUCGUCGAUGUUAACUUGAAGCCGCUGGUGGUUAAUAUUACGAACAAAGCGCCCUACCUCGUGGCCAUGAGUACUUACGAGAUCGAAUGCGUAAGUUCGGGCUCGAGGCCCGAGCCUGUCAUCACUUGGUACAAGGGCAGCCACCAAGUCAAAGAGAUGGCCAGAAACGUGAUAGAGGGCCCAAACAUGACGAGGAGUACGCUAAGUUACGUGCCAACGAUCGCGGACGACGGCAAAAAUCUGACCUGCAGAGCCGAGAACCCCGUCAUUCCCAGCGCGCUCGAGGACAAGUGGCAGCUAGAGGUGCACUACAUCCCGCAAGUAUCAAUCAAGCUGGGCUCGAGUUUGCGAGCGACGGACAUAAACGAGGGCGACGACGUGUACUUCGAGUGCGAUGUGACGUCGAACCCAACGGCUUACAAACUCGUGUGGUUCAAGAACGGCCGGGAAAUCCAGAAGAACGCCUCGGCCAACGUGAUGCUGCCGGGCGGCAACUCCCUCGUACUCCAGAGCGUGACCCGCGCCUCCGCGGGAGAGUACGCCUGCCAAGCCACCAACGACGAGGGCAAAGCCAUCAGCCGGCCGGUCACACUCGACGUAAUGUACGCGCCGGUAUGCAAGGACGGAACGACGAUGCAGGUGGUUGGGGCCCUGAAGCAAGAGACGAUAUCACUGGUGUGCGGUGUGCAGUCCAAGCCACCUCCCACGAGUUUCCAGUGGACGUUCAACAACUCGGGUGAGCUGAUGAGCGUCCCGGCGACGAGGUACGCCCAGGUGCGUCCCCAGCACCUGAUUACAAGCCACUGGCACGGUUCGAUGCUGAAUUACACGCCAGCAAAUGACAUGGACUACGGGACCAUAUCGUGCCAGGCUAUCAACAAAAUAGGCGUCCAAAAGGUGCCCUGUCUCUUUCAACUGAUAGCUGCCGGGAAGCCCUACCCUCUGCAGAACUGCUCGGCCGUACAGUCGACUGGACCCUACGCCUAUCGCAUGACUCAAGAAGAUAUCAGGGCGACGGACGCGCGGGACGCGGACUGGCUAAUAGUGAGCUGCAGCGAGGGCUUCAACGGCGGCCUGCCCAUCAAGAGUUUCGAGCUCGAGGUCUACAGCGACGAGAGCGUUUAUCACGUCAACACGAUUUACAUAAAUCACACGGAUAAGGCGUCGGCGGCCGCGAGCACCGGGGCCGGGGGUGGUGUUGGCGUCAGCAUCGGGGCCGCCUCGGGCGCGGGCGGUCCGAUCUUCGAGGUGCCGGGUCUCGAGCCCGGAAGGAAUUACCGGCUCUUGCUCUACGCCGUUAAUGCCAAGGGCCGGAGCGACCCCGUCGUACUCGAGCCAGUCACGCUCAAGGGCGUGGCCAUGUACACCACCGGUCGAGACUCGGGCGGUGACUCGAUGGAUUACAGUCUCCUGGUGGCCGUCUUCGCGGGUGGCAUCACUGCCGUGUGCAUCCUCAUGGUGGGCAUUACUCUGACCCUGUAUCGGCGCAACCAUCCGCCCCAGCCGAGCAAGACGCAAACACACUUGGUACACGUGGCCGGCACGCCGGGCUCUGGUGGUGUCGGUACUCACGGUACUCUCGCUGCCGUAGGAACCCACGUGGAUCACCAGCAGCUGCAGCAACAACUGCAGUUUAGCCCGCGAACGGUACGCCAAGAGUACGAGGUCCACCAAAAUUGGAUGAGCGCGUCCAAGAGCCCCCACUCGCCCUUCGACACUUUCGCUCGGCUAUCAACGGCGAGCGCAACCACCGCAACGACAACGACGACGACGACAACGAGCCCAACGACGGCAGGCAUGUCAGGGACACUGGCAUCCUUCGGCCAGCAGCAGCUGGACGCAGAGGACGACCCGGACGUGAUAGCGUCGAGCAAGUCCGAGAGGCGACCCGAGGUCUUCGAGCCCAACUACGCGUCCAAGCCCGAGCGGAUCAAAUACUUUCGCCGGCACCUCGAGCAGGACGACCGGCCUUGGCAAAACGGCGACUGCCAGCAGGUGGGCCCUGACGACUCGAGGAUCCAACUGGUAGCCCAGGGGGGUACGAGGCCCAGCACACUGCCGGUGCAGCAGCACAAGGCCCCGGAUGUUUAUACCAAGAGCUUGCGCGUACAGGAGAGUUGUAUAUAGGGGGACGCGCCAAGAGACUCUUUUAGGCUUUAAGGUGAUUUUGAUUCUUGUAUACAUGUUAUAUGUAUGAUGUACGUGUAUUGUACGAUGUGUUCUCUGUUCGAGAAGAGGAAGGGGCCGGAGAAGGCGGGCGAGAAACGAUUGUACAUAUAGACAAUAAUAAAG